AUAUAUAUAUUUUUUCUCCAAUUUGUCAGGGGUUACUGCAGCACACCUACUUCCAGCGGCUUUAAACUUUUUAAAAAUGUCUAGUUUCUAGAUAAUAAAUCAAUGUUGCUUUUCCUGCCCUGAAGAAGGAAACAAUCUACCGCAUGUGUCUGAAUACAGAACCAGAUAUCGUGAAACCCAGCUGCCGAACUAACGCGAGAUUUCAGAUUUCCGACCGUUUGAAAACUUGAGUUGGGUCUUCAACUCUGUUAACUUCUCUGGUGUCUAGCUGUUCACCAGGUUUCGUAUAAUCGGUGGUCUUUAAGUUUAGGAUGGAAUUUCAAGGCACGGAACCAAUGACUCUGGGUUCCCCGACAUCACCCAAGCCCGGCCCGGGUGCCCAGUUUCUCCCCGGGUUUUUGAUGGGGGAUCUGCCAGCGCCUAUCACACCACAGCCUCGGUCAUUUGGAGUCAUGGAUAUGAGGUCACCACUUCAAACAGGUGGCUCUCCCCCUCAACCUGUGGUUCCUACACCCAAAGACAAGAGUGGGGCCCCUCCAGUCAGGAGUAUCUAUGAUGACCUCUCCUGUCCUGCUGUCGGGAUGUCCCCUAUGGGUGCACAUAAACAGCCAUUCUCAAUGAUGCACACCCCGCUGUCUGGCUAUAUGGCAGUUACACCAGGAACAGCGUCCAGUCUAUUUAGUCCUACUACCAUCGGGCAGCAGGCGAAGUCAACAAUGUCUCCAGCCCAAGUAGACCCUUUCUUCACUCAGGGAGACGCACUGUCUUCUGAAGACCAUCUAGAUGAUACAUGGAUCACUGUAUUUGGGUUUCCUCCGGCCUCUGCGUCUUAUAUUCUAUUGCAGUUCGCCCAGUAUGGAAACAUAACGAAACACGUGAUGUCCAACACUGGUAACUGGAUGCACAUUCAAUAUCAGUCUAGACUCCAAGCAAGAAAAGCUCUAAGUAAAGAUGGGAAGGUUUUUGGCGAGGCUAUAAUGAUUGGUGUUAAACCAUGCAUCGAUAAGAAUGUGAUGGAGAGCUCAGACCGAGGCUCUACCUCCUCUGGCUCAGUGUUUACUCCUCCAGUCAGAAAUGGAACACCCAGCCACCAUGUCUCUACACCUCGCUCCUCUAUGAGGCCCCUCAGUGCAGCCUACAAGGCCUCCAGCAGUGACUACCAGGUGGUGGCAGACGAACAGACCCCAAGGAAAGACGACAGUUUGGUUUCUAAAGCGAUGGAGUACAUGUUUGGUUGGUGAGACGGUCUCCUCCGAUUGGCCCGAGCGCAGCAUUCUGUCAUCACCGUGGAGCUGUGUCCUAAAUGGUACCCUAAUGGCCCAAUUGACCCUGUUCUAAAGUAGUGCACUACAUAGGGAGUAGGGUACCAUUUGGGGAUCAUUCAGUGAUUUGGGGGAACCAAGCCAAUGUGGAUUUCCUCAACCCUGCGACGACUAUACAUUAUGUGGUGAUUUGAGUGGACGGGAUUUUGACCAGACGAACACCGGAUAUUGUAUGUUGACAUUGACUGAAGUGUUGUUGUUGUUGUUUGUUUUUGUUGUGUAGAUGUCACGGUGUUGACCUGACGAACACAAACUACAUAUUUUCUUAUUUGCUACUUGUCCUCUAGAGGAUACAUUUUUUUAAAGGCUCUUUCAUAUGAGUUGAUGUCGAAUGAAUCCAACGUAAAAUCAAGACAUGAUUGUUUUUUCUCAGAUGUCCCCAUUUCCUACGUAGUAGUGUACUACUGUUGACCAGUACCCGUAAGGGUCUGAAUGGAAUAGGGUGCCAUUUUGGAUGCCCACACGGCCUGUCUACAGUAUCUUAAUUAACCAAGUGCUGCUUUGACAGUUGGACGUCAAGGUUGCACAUCAGUAUUCUCUGUUUGACGGUGCAGGUUUCUUUUUCCCCCUCUAAAUGGUUCGUUAGUAAACAACGAUAAAUAUAACCGGAUCAGAGUUAAGAAUUGUGAUUUUAUACGAAAUGUAUGUUUUGUGUGCUGUCAAACAUUUAAGUGUUUAAAAAAAAAAAAAAAAAAAAGAUUUUCUCACAAAACUGUCGGUGUACCAAGUGUCUCGUCUUAUAUCUAUUUAAAACUAUUUGUCUGUUUCGGCUGUCUACUAUUUCGGCUGUCUCUUUAUAGUAUUUCUACGGUCUCCUCUGUCAGCUGUCUCUGCUCUCUACUAUGUCCGCUGUUUUUAAUGUCUGUCACUUGCUUACUAUUUUUGUCAAAUAAAUGUCACGUGAAUA